AUGGACGUGGACCAGGGGUUGAUGCCAGGCACGGUGGACACUAGGAAUGGGAUGACACAGGGAACAGAUCAGAGAGCGACACCAGGCAGCAGGGACAAUGUACAGAGAUCUCAGGCAUCUGAGGGGGAAAGGCCCACCCUGGACCGGGGAGGCGCCUGGAGCUCAGAGCUCGUGGUCUAUGAGCAGCUUCAGGGUAAGGAGAAGCCCCAGAAGUGCUUGAAAUGUGGGAAGAGCUUCAGCCAGAAAUCCAACCUGAUCUGCCACAUGAAAAUCCACACGGGGGAGAGGCCCUAUAUAUGUGAGGCGUGUGGGAAGAGCUUCAGCCGGAGAUCCAACUUGAUGGUCCACUUGAGGAGCCACACCGAGGAGAGGUCUUACAAGUGUGAGGAGUGUGGGAAGAGCUUCAGCUGGAUCUCCUGCCUGAUUGUCCACCUGAGGAGGCACACCGAGGAGAGGUCUUACAAGUGUGAGGAGUGUGGGAAGAGUUUCAGCCGGAUCUCCCACCUGACUGUCCACAUGAGGAGGCACACCGGGGAGAAACCCUACGAGUGUGAUAAAUGCAGAAAGGGGUUUCAGACCAGCUCUGAUCUCCUCAGGCACCAGCGCACUCACACAGAGGAGAGGCCUUUCCUCUGCCCCGACUGUGGGAAAGGCUUCAAGUACAACUCCUCCCUUGUCAGCCACCAGCACAUGCACACCCGGGAGAGGCCCUAUGAGUGUCCCGAGUGUGGGAAGAGAUUCACCCACAAGUCAAACCUGAUUGUCCACAAGAGGAUCCACACUGGCGAGAGGUCUUACGAGUGUGGGGAGUGUGGGAAGAGCUUCUGCCAGCGCUCCCACCUGAUCUACCACCUGAGGGGCCACACUGGGGAGAAGCCCUAUGAGUGUGAUAAAUGCAGGAAGAGGUUUCAGACCAGCUCUCAUCUUGUCAGGCACCAGAGGAUUCACACGGAGGAGCGGCCCUUUCGCUGCCCUGACUGCGGGAAGGGCUUCAGGGACAACUCCACCCUCGUGACCCACUGGCGCAUCCACAGUGGGGAGAGGCCCUAUGAGUGUCCUGAGUGUGGGAAGAGCUUCUCUCAGAGCUCUAUCUUGAGCAGACACCAGCGUGUCCACAGCGGGGAGAGGCCCUACGAGUGUCCUGAGUUUGGAAAGGGCUUGACCCAGAACUCCACCCUGACUGCCCACCUGAGGAUCCACACGGAGGAACAAAGCUAUGAGUAUGCAGAGGGUGGGCAGAGCUUCAGGACAACAUCUGAACUGACCAUCCACCAGAGAAACCACGCUGGGGAAUGGCCUUUUGAGUGUGGGGAAUGUGGGAAUAGCUACCAGAGGAGAAGCCACCUGACCCACCACAUGGAAGUCCACACAGGUCUGGAAGAGCGCUACAAAUGUGGGCAGUGUGGGAAGAGCUUCAUGUCAAAGUCCCACCUGAUUGGCCACCAGAGGAUCCACACUGGAGAGAGGCCCUAUGAGUGUAUUAAAUGCAAGAAGAGGUUUCAGACCAGCUCCUUUCUCCUCCUGCACCAGCAGCUUCAUACAGAUGAGAGGCCCUUCAACUGCCCUGACUGCGGGAAGGGCUUCAAGCAGAACGCUGCUCUCAUCAGCCACUGGUGCAUCCACACCGGGGAGAGGCCCUACGAGUGUUCUGAGUGUGGGCAGAGCUUCAGCCAGAGUUCAGAGCUGGUGGUCCAUGAGCAGCUUCAUGAUGGGGAGAAGCCCCACAAGUGCUUGGAGUGUGGGAAGAGCUUUAGGUGGAGCUCCCACCUGAUCAGGCACCAGAGGAUCCACACCAGGGAACGGCCCUACGAGUGUGGGGAGUGUGGGAAGGGCUUCAGCCAGAGAUCCAACCUUGUGACCCACCAACGCAUCCACACUGGGGAGAAGCCCUACGAGUGUCCCCAGUGUCAGAAGUGGUUUCCGAGCAGCUCCAAUCUCCUCCAGCACCAGCGGAUUCACACUGAGGAGAGGCCCUUCCUCUGCCCUGAGUGCGGGAAGGGCUUCAAGCACAACUCGGACCUCAUCAAGCACCGGCGCAUCCACACUGGGGAGAGGCCCUACCAAUGCGCCACAUGUGGGAAGAGGUUUCAGACCAGCUCCAGUCUCCUCCAGCAUCAGCGGAUUCACACAGAUGAGAGGCCCUUCCACUGCCCUGAGUGCGGAAAGGGCUUCAAGCACAACUUCACCCUCAUCAUCCACCGACGCAUCCACACAGGGGAGAGGCCCUACGAGUGUCCCCAGUGUGGGAAGAGCUUCACCACCAGCUCUCACUUGACCAGUCACCAACGGAGCCACCAGUAA